AUGUACAGCGUCAGUCUGCCGAGGACUCCCUUCAAGACCAAGUCCAAGCUUGCCCCGUGCCAGAUAAACCUACCUGGACAAAUUGUGGGCCAUCGCCAGCCAAAAACAACCAUGACAACCAUGGCCACCCACUCUUUGUUUAAGGUCAGCCAAAGAGCCAUCAGCGAGCUUUUACGCAUAUUGCAUCGUUUCAUCCUCCCUAAUGGCAACAUCCUUCCUGACUCCUUCCAAGCUGCAAAGAAACUUGUGGAUGAAUACCUCAUCCCAGUGGAGAUGCAUGAUGUUUGUCCAAAUGACCACAUCAUCUUCAGUGGAGUUCACAGCAGUAGUAAACACUGCCCAGAGUGUAAGGAAUCAAGAUAUAAGGCCGGAACAGAUACUCCAGCAAAGACUUUUCCAUACAUCCCGCUUAUCCCACGCUUGCAACGGUGGUUUAAGAUGCCAGCAAUUGCUGACAGCUUGCAGCAGCACAUGGACAUUGCUGAGCAGAACCCUGUCACUGACAUCCAUAUGUCACCAGCCUGGAAAGGCUUAUCAAUAAAGAUGGAGUUUUCAAGGGAAAUGGACGUUGCCUAACCUUUGCUCUGAGCGCAGAUGGAUUUGACCCUUUCAACCGUCAGAAGGUUCAGAACAGCAUGUGUCCUGUCUUGCUCAAAUGCUUGAAUUUUAAUCAUUCAAGUAGGGACAAGAUUGGUCGACUGCUACUAUCCGCCAUCAU